AGUGGUGAUAUAAACGUUUUUUUGAGGAGAAAAAGGAUAAAGUUACACUUUUACAGACAAUGAAUCAAUCAGAAAUGAUUGGCACACCAGUGGAUCAGAUGGACAUCAGUCAGAUGAAGUCUGAGCUCACGACGUUAUAUGGGAUCAAGGACUUUUCGCAGUGUUUAGAGGUCGAUGACCUUCGAAAAAGGCUCUCUUCAGUACGCGAUAAGUCCCCUAUCACACAUGGGCUUGAGUACGGUUCCCUUCUUCGCAUAGGUAACACCACAAACCCUACGGGACUGGUCACCUUUUCUCACGGCCUCGGCGAUUCCGCGCACGGCUGGGAGAGUGCCGCCUACGAGCUUGCCAGCCGCUUGCCUCAUAUUCUAUUUCUUCUUCCCACCGCCCCCACGCAGAAGGUGACGAUUAAUUAUGGGAUGUCGGGGACGUCGUGGUAUGAUAUCCUGAACGAGAUCGGCAGCGCCAACGCACCUCAUCAGCAAGAUGCCCCGGGUGUGUUAAGAUCGGUGGAUUACCUCCGCAGCCUCGCGCAUGUGGCGACAAGGCAGUUUAAAAUUCAAUCGCAGCGCGUCGUCUACGCGGGGUUCUCACAAGGUGCCGCGAUUUCAUUAGCGACGGGGCUGAUUGGGCAUUUCGCGGCGUCAGGGGUGGUUUGUAUGUCAGGCUAUCUUCCUUGUGCGGACGAGGUGUUGCCUCGGAUACGAAAUCGAGAGACGCCUAUUGCGAUGUUUCAUGGCCUGGUGGAUAACAUCGUUCCUUUCGAACUCGCCAAGAAAACAAAGCACAUCCUCCAGACUGAGGGACAGGUAACUUCUCAGAUCGAUUUAUUUGAGUAUAACAUGCCGCACUUGGCGGUUCCUGAGGAGCUUGAUGAGGUGUGUAAAUUUAUUGCGCGUGUUCUACCAUAAAAAGUCUUUAAACUUUGAUAAUAGUAUAUAUAAGUGGUUGUUUUUAUUCAAUAACUUUAUUUAUAUCCGUUGUUUUCAGAAAUUUAAUUAUACCGGCUUCUUUAACAUCGUAA